ACCACCUCUAGUACCCUACCUUUUAAUCUCCGACGCCGGUUCGUCUCCUCCACUUCGCCAUGUUGAUCUCGACUGCCUUCUUCGCGCUGGCCGCGGCAGGCACCGCAGCGGCCCAAGCUUCUACCUACCGUUUCGCUCCCCUGAAGACCGUCCGUCCGGAAAUCGAAUACGCCAACUACACCCCUGAGCAGAAGACAUUGGUUGCCAAGCAGGCCAGGGAAAUGCUAUAUGUGAACUCUCACAGGUAUGUCAAAAAGGACACAGUAGGGGUGGACGUCAUCGCCGGCAUCAACAAAAUCGUCGACGAAGCCCCGAAGUUGUCGAACAAGGCCUUCAACGAGGCUCUCAGCGGUCUUUUCCUUAGCCUGAGGGAUUUCCACACGAACUAUUACAAUACCGGUGCGGCGUCGUGUUACACAUACCUUACGCCGUUCAGCUUCCAAUUCGUCGACUCCAAGGAUAUCGCCUUUGACCCCCGGAUUGUUGUGCAGUCGUUGACUACAAUUCCCGCCGUCCUGCAAGCAUCCCCGGAGGCUUCCAAAGUGCAGGUCGGCGACCUCCUGACGAAGAUCGACGGUCUGUCCUUCAGGGAGCACUGGGAGAAGAACAAGGCGAAGGUGGGCGGUGCUAACCGUUACGGUGGAUACCGCUCUGCCCUUGGCCUGCUCUCCCAACGCGGCGGUCUCCUGUACCCCACCCCCGAGAACGACACCAUCAAGUUCACAUUCUCCCGAAACGGAAAGUCCUUCGAUGUGACCGUUCCCUGGGUCACUGCCGCCAACAAGGCGUGCAUUGCUGAUGCGCCUCUCGGUGGUGGUGCCUCUAAGGCGCCCACCAACUCCCUCACAUCCGAGAAGAAGUACCACGGAUUGCCCGAUCGCAGCCCCAAGGAGGUCCUCGCCGUCAAGAUCGACCCCCGUGUCGACCCCAGCAACGGUCUCGACGCUUUCCCAACAGACAUUGGUGCGAUCGCCUACAAGCCUACAGAGUCCGCGAUGGUUUUCUACUCUCACUACACUCACGGAGGCCGCAACCUCGGUGUGAUCCGUUUGACCUCCUUCACCGAUGCAGCCGACCCUACCUCCGAGAUUGCCCUCGGGGAGGUUCGCCGUCUGCUUUUGGAGGACUUUGCCGAGACCGACGCCGUCCUCGUUGACCUUCGUGACAACGGUGGUGGUUCCUUAAACUACGCCGAUACUCUUCCCCAGUACUUCGGGCACACCGAUUACGCUCCUGGUUACGGUCGCGCGAUUGUUCACCCCAACAACGCCGCCAUCUUCUUGGGGUCUCCCUACGGUGGUUCCGACUGGGCCGCUGCCUACAACGCAACCAAGCCCGGUGACAAGUACACCCCAGCGAUUCGCUUCAACGCCCCCGAGGUCGUCAACACUGUCGGCACCCUGUACUUGAAGCCCGUCGGUCUCCUCACUGACGCCAACUGCUACUCUGCUUGCGACACUUUCUCUGGCGCCAUGAAGGACAACGGUUUCGCAACUAUUUUCGGCGAAGACAAGACUACGGGCGCUGGUGGCGCGAACGUUGUUGAGCACCGAUCUUUCUUCCAGGUCGCUGCUCCCCAGAUUUUCAAGCCUCUUCCUUACCAGGAUACCGACGCCAGCGGCGCUACCAGGAAAGGUGUUGGAAACUUCAGGACCGCUUGGAGGGCCACCAUCCGCUCUGGCCUCAACAACGGCAAGCUUAUCGAGGAUUACGGUAUCUCAUCCGACGUCGUUGUUAGGCAGACCGUUGCCGACGUCAUUGGUUCAAGCAACUCCAGCACCCAGUUCGACAAGAUCGCUGACUACUUGAAGCAGAAGGGUGUGAAGUCCAACACCGCUAAGCUUUUCUUCCAGAGCCCGUUGGACACCACCCGUGGCUUCAUCGGCCAGAAACUCGCCUUCCCUUACACAUCCCAGGACAUCAAGCUUCUCGUCGUCAAGGAUGCCGCCGGCAAGGAAGUCGCCCGCGCCUCCCCCAGCCCUGUCCACGGCCGCACCAAGGGUGUCCUCUCCAGCAAGGGCCCUCUCACCGCCUUCGGAUACACCACCUACACCAUCACCGGCUACAACGCUGACGACAAGAAGGUCCUCAAGACUCACCGUACCGCUCGCGUUCAGCCCGGCCCCUCCGACUACCUGAAGGUUUCUGCCGGUCAGACCUACAAAUUCGCCAACACUGCUGCCGACAAGAAGUACGCCGUCGUCUACAACCUUAACACUCCCGCUGCCAACGGUUUCCAGAUCAACGGUGGCAAGCUCACCGUCGGAAACGGCAAGCAAUACGUCGACAACACCAACUCCGCCUUCACUCUCUUCACCAAGCUUCCCGGUUCCGGAACCCUGUCUUUCGACGUUGACGGUGCCACCGAACAGGACUACGACUACUUGACCGUCUACGUCCGCGAUUCCACCACCAAUGCCGCGCCAGUUGUCAUUUACAAGAAGUCUGGCCAGUUCGCUGAGUCCGUCUCCUUCGACAUCAGCAACCUGAAUGGCGCCUACGAGCUGACCUUCGAGUUCACCUCCGACGGCGGUGUCACCGACCGCGGUGUGACUCUCUCCAAUAUUGCCAUCAAGGCUUAGAUUAAUUGCCUCAUUGUAUACCCGACACUCAUACAUGGACUAGAUAGACUCCAUCUGAAUAGAUAGACUU